AUCUCUCUCUUCUUACAUAUAUCACAUCAAUUACUUCUCUCUUCUCUUACUUUUCUCACUCAGGGUGCUUAUUGGAUAUCUGCACUAUGCGGAUAUCUACAAAUCAUUUUCCUUCAUUUGUUACUUCUCUCUUAACUUCCUUUCUCACUCUGGAUAUUUGUUGAGUGUCUGCACUAUGCGAAUUUCCAUGAAUCAUUCUCCAUUGUCUCUAGAUUUUUCACUUUCUGGUUUAAAAUCAAGGAAUUGUAGAACUGAACCAAACUUCUCUGUACUUUCAUACAGGUCUGGCUAAAGAAACUAACAAUGGGAGCUGGAGGCCAUGCCACUUCCCUUGAACCAAAGAAUCCUCUCUCAAGGGUUCCACACACAAAGCCCCCAUUCACUGUUGGCCAACUCAAGAAAGCAAUCCCACCCCAUUGCUUUGAAAGAUCCCUCCUCUCAUCAUUCUCCUAUGUUCUUCAUGACCUCUCACUAGCUUUCAUUUUCUUCUACAUUGCUACUACCUACUUCCACCUCCUUCCACACCCUCUUUCCUUCAUUGCUUGGCCAAUCUAUUGGAUUCUCCAAGGAUGCAUCCUCACUGGGGUGUGGGUGAUUGCUCAUGAGUGUGGUCACCAUGCAUUUAGCAAGUACCAAUGGGUUGAUGAUUUAGUUGGUUUGGUCCUUCACUCUGCACUUCUAGUCCCAUAUUUCUCAUGGAAAAUCAGCCACCGCCGCCACCACUCCAACACCGGAUCGCUUGAGCGUGAUGAAGUGUUUGUUCCAAAACCAAAAUUCAAUGUACCAUGGUACAACAAAUACUUGAACAGUCCACCAGGAAGAGCGGCUACACUUUUCAUCACACUCACCAUAGGAUGGCCUUUGUACUUGGCCUUCAAUGUUUCUGGAAGACCCUAUGAACGCUUUGCAAGCCACUUCCAUCCUUAUGCUCCCAUAUACUCUCAAAGAGAAAGGCUUCUAAUUUUUGUUUCUGAUGCUGCUGUUUUUGCUGCAACUUAUUUCCUGUACCACGUAGCAACCAUCAAAGGGUUUGUUUGGCUUGUUUGUGUUUAUGGGGUGCCAUUGCUCAUUGUGAAUGGAUUUCUUGUGACAAUCACUUAUUUGCAGCACACACACAGUGCUUUACCUCACUAUGAUUCAUCUGAAUGGGACUGGUUAAGGGGUGCUCUGGCAACUGUGGACAGAGAUUAUGGGAUUCUCAACAAGGUCUUUCAUCAUAUAACUGAUACGCAUGUUGCACACCAUCUGUUUUCAACAAUGCCACAUUACCAUGCAAUGGAAGCAACCAAUGCAAUGAAGCAUGUGUUGGGUGAGUACUAUAGAUUUGAUGACACCCCAUUUUACAAGGCACUGUGGAGAGAAGCAAGAGAGUGUCUCUAUGUGGAUCCGGAUGAAGGGGAAGCUAAGAAGGGUGUUUAUUGGUACAGGAACAAGUUUUGAUGAAGAAAGCAGCAAGAACAUGAAGAAUAGUGAGUUGAAAAUGUAGUAUUGUUGUGUAACUUAAUAAGCAAGUUGAAUAAUAAGUGGGUUUCCUGUGUAAUGUGCUACUGUGUUGUGAAAGCUUGAAACUUGAAAGAGCUUGUUGUGAUCAUGGUUAUUGUAAUGUAAGGUAUCAUGGAUAUUCUUCUUGAGAAGUAACUGAAAUAUA